CGGCCACCGUGACGCUGCAGUUCCUGGCGUCCGGCUCCUCUCGCUCGCACCCGGCGGUGUGCCCCGCGCGCGGCCGCCGCCCCUCGCCCCGCGGGUCCGGCGCCGACAUGCGACCCGGGUAGCGCUUCGGGAGCAGCGGAGGAGCUCCCCACCCCCGGCCUGGGCGCGCCAAGAGGACAGGGGUUAAAAUGAAUGAAGACCCGAAGGUCAAUGUAAGCGGGCUGCCUCGGGAGUUUGUAGAUGCCGGUGCCUCCGGGAACAUCUCCGCAGAGGUCUCCUCCCAGGUCCCUGUCCUGCAGCCGGAGCCGGACCUGGUGGUUAACCCCUGGGACAUUGUCUUAUGUACCUCGGGAACCCUCAUCUCCUGCGAAAAUGCCAUCGUGGUCCUUAUCAUCUUCCACAACCCCAGCCUGCGGGCACCCAUGUUUCUGCUGAUAGGCAGCCUGGCGCUUGCAGACCUGCUGGCCGGCAUCGGACUCAUCGUCAAUUUUGUCUUUGCCUACCUGCUUCAGUCAGAGGCCACCAAGCUGGUCACCAUCGGACUUAUCGUGGCCUCUUUCUCUGCCUCCGUCUGCAGCUUGCUGGCCAUCACGGUUGACCGCUACCUCUCCUUGUAUUACGCCCUGACCUACCACUCAGAGAGGACGGUCACGUUUACCUACGUCAUGCUCUUCAUGCUCUGGGGGACCUCCAUCUGCCUGGGCCUGCUGCCGGUCCUGGGCUGGAACUGCCUGCGGGACGAGUCCACUUGCAGCGUGGUCAGGCCCCUCACCAAGAACAACGCUGCCAUCCUGUCGGUCUCCUUCCUCUUCACCUUCGCACUCAUGCUGCAGCUCUACAUCCAGAUCUGUAAGAUUGUCAUGCGACACGCCCAUCAGAUCGCCCUGCAGCACCACUUCCUGGCCACCUCGCACUACGUGACCACCCGGAAGGGCGUCUCCACCCUGGCCAUCAUCCUGGGGACCUUCGCUGCUUGCUGGAUGCCUUUCACCCUCUACUCCUUGAUCGCCGAUUACACCUACCCCUCCAUCUACACCUAUGCCACCCUCCUGCCCGCCACCUACAACUCCAUCAUUAACCCCGUCAUAUAUGCAUUCAGAAACCAGGAGAUCCAGAAGGCCCUCUGCCUCGUGUGCUGCGGCUGCGUCCCGCCUGGCCUGUCCCAGAGAGCGCGGUCACCCAGCGACGUGUAGCGGGCUCUCCACCUAGAAGGAGCCUGCGGGAAUUUACCAAGCACUCCCACUGCCUGGCCAGACCGUUGAGAUGCACUCCUUCCAUCCUUUCUGCUGGAGUCUCUCUCGAGCCACAGGAGCACUUUGAAGCAUUCACUUAGAUGAGUUAAGUGCUUGAAGUGAAAAUAAUGUCACCAGUGUUUUCACCUUUUUAAAAGCAAUUGAGUUCUUUGCUCAAUGUUAUUUUGUUUUGUUUGGGAUGGGUUUGUUUUUUUUUAAGUAUUUUAUUUGAAGGCGGGGCUUAUGCUUUUUUGUUGUUUGGAGGAUUGAUAUUGUCAGGGGAAAGGAAGGGGUGUAACAUGGCCAUGAAAUUAUGAAAGGUAAACUGGUCCCAGAGUUUUUACCUGGACUUUAAAAUAAAACUGAAUUAUUGAGGAAAUUGGAGAAAGUACUUUUUUCAGACCUUCUUUUUUAAAAUGUCAAGGUAGAUUUUUUUAAUGCUGCAUGAUCUAACAGAAUACAAUCACUCUGAAGCCAAUAGUCUAUGUGAUUAUGUUAUGGAUUUUAUUAACACGAACUGAUUUUAUUCGUGUGAACUCAGUUGUGAGUUACCAACACUGAAACCAUAAACUCAUUUUUAUUCAUUCUUUCUUUACUUUCAGCAGUUGCUGUUGACAAGAGUUAUUUUGGCAUUUCUAUGACUGUUGUUAACUCUUUCUGCAUGGCUGCCUGUGUCAGCUAGACCACUAGUUUCAAAUGUUGCCAUGUAAAUCCAGAACCAGAUGAAUGAGUCACUCUUCAAUACAGUUUUUCAAUAUGACCUUCUAAAAUGAAAUAUGAAAUGUGUUGUGAUUUACGUACAAAGUAGGAUUGAUUAGGUAUAACACAGUAGUUUCCUGAGCUACAGUAUGUGUUCAGGAAACAAAAGAAAAAAAUCAGUAUCAUGUUCAAAUUAGAUUAAAUUGAUUUUAGUAUACUCUGAAAAAAAUGAAUCGAUGUGAAGUUAUCACAAAAUAUAAAAAGCAUCACUUUUCCUAUCUAAGAAUGUAUUAAUAGUUUUUCUUGGUUGAACCAAAUACAAUGAAAUACUGUAGACCAAGUAUUUCUGAUUCAUACACUGUCUGUGGUGUCAGUGCAUUUGAAACAGGUGGUCUUCUAUUUUACCAGUUAAGCUUGUGAAUAAAUAACAUACAUAUCUGAUUGUGAUGUAUAUCGGGCUAUAUUCUGUAUGUUUACAAGCAGAAUGACCAUGUGGCUGUUUAUGAAAAGUUGAAUUUGAAUUCCUUUUCUUUUCACCAAAAAACAACUUAAAUUCAAUAAAAACUAUAUUGCCUGUUUUCAGAGAGCCAAGAUUUAGUCCAGGAAAUGACACAGAAAGAAUAAUUUUAAAUAUAUCAUAAAACUGCUGUGUUUGACUGUCUUCUGUUAGCACAGAGGAUACUUUGGACACAGAAAACCUUGCCUCCAGUUGCAGUGUGUUUAUAGCUGUGGCUGAACAACCUGUGGGAGAAUUUCUGGACAGCCCAUCCAUGUAGCCCAUUCAGACAGUGGAUCCCUGGGAAUCAUUUGUAGUAAAUUAACCUCUUUGGUGUGUCCCAAACCUUAUAUUCACAGGGGUCUGAGGCCCUUCUGGCAGCCUGCAGGGCUGAUACCAUCUCUCCAGGGCCCCUUCUAAUGCAGCCCAGGUGUGGAUCAAUCCUGCCUGAGUCGAUGUAGAGGAGAGGGGUGGAGACAUUGCAGAAAUGGGAAAGGAUUUUCAAUACACAUCACUGGAUGACCCAUCUUAGCCUUUAAAAAUUCUUCAACACAUGACAGAGUUGGCAGGUUGAAUGUGAUUAGCCUGAUUUUCGUCACUUGAAAGUUAAUUGCAUCUCCAUGGGAGAAGUGACUGAGGUAAGUUGGUUUCAAGGUGGGCUGGGAAAUAUCCAUAAAGAGGUUUGAAAACAAAAAAUGGUGUUUUUGUAGAAAUAGUGUUUGCCAUUUUCGUAUCUCUAAGAGUAAUUGUAAUGAUCAUAAUAAGUACUGUUUUUCACCACAUUAAAAUGUGCCGGCCUCA